AUGUCGUCAGUCCUAAUCAGAGCCGAAUAUCCAAAGGUACUUCAACAUAUCAUUAGCCGCGCAGUGAUAGGCACUACAAAGAAUACGCGAAACGAAGACGAUGAGGCAAUGGAGGUCGAUGCCAUGGAGCUCUCCCCUUUCUAUAACCCCUUCGUAGAUUUGCCACUCCAGCUACCCGUGGACCUAGGAGCAGUUGUGAUUGGCAACCCGGGUGUCGGCAAGAGCAUGUUUCUGCUUUAUGUCCUUGUCCUUCGUCUCCUCGUUGGCCUACCUACCAUCCUGCAACUAUGGCCUGGCGAGCUCCUUCUCUUUGUCGACGAAGGGGUCUUCACCAUUCCGUUUCCCCUAGCUGGCUCUGCUAGUGAGCUCCAGCGUUAUAUUCCCCGGUUCACAUGGAUCUUCGUCGACUCCAGUCCGAAAUUGACGGGGGUGCACCAAUCAAAUUACAGUAGGCCGGAUUUGUCCUCCUUCAUCCUCCAGGCAGCAUCGCCUUGCUGGGAACGCAUACAAUGGAUGAAGAAACAACCGGGCUCAGUUCAAAUGUGUUGGAUGGAUGUAUGGCCCCUUGAGGAGCUUAUAAUUGGGUAUGCUAUUUUGUAUUUCUGCCCAAAAUAUAACAUACAGUGUAUUGACACUCGGGACACUUAUGUGUGGCCUCAACCCUCCACAAGGCCUUCGGAAUCCCAGUUACUGCUCUGGUUUGAGCGGUACGGAGCGAAUGCUCGUCCUGCGUAUGGGUUUGGAGCGGCGCCUGACGAUUAUGACGAUAUGAUCGUAGGGCCACUCCGCCGACUGGACAAAACCGCACUUGUCAAGUUGCUUCAUGAAGCUAUUGGCGCUAACAUGGAGGCUAAUGUAUCUCACCUACUCAUUACAGCUGCUCCUGCCCAAAGUGACCGAAGGCGUUGCAAUGUGAGAGUGGCAAACAACUAUCUACUAUUCCAAAUACUCGAGCGACUUGAACAUUCUCUAGAACAUGUCGCAUCUGAACUUUAUGACAUCUUCUCUCGCGAACAAUCCACAAGGGCAGCCGCUGGCGUCCUUCUGGAGGGAGCGUUUCUCAUUACAUUCCCACAAGGUGGUGGAUGGCCCAUUACUGCGAUGCAGAAAAGCGAAAAAUCUGGCCUGAAAAACACGCAUUGGCAUUCUAGCAAGAAUACUUCGUCUAAGUACCUUUGCCUUGGUUUUAAAGCGGGUGCCAUGGACAUUGCUACCACGUUGCCAUCUGGAAGGUUUGAUCCAUUGGAUCGCUACCACUGCUCAACGACGGAGAGACUUACACUUCGGGAUGGGUUCUAUGUUUCUGAAUCCAAAUCACAACCCACAUUCGACGCAUUCAUUUACGACGAUCGGACUCAACACGCGAUUAUGUUCCAGGUAACCGUUGCUCUCAACCACGGAAUCUCAGAGGUUGGGUUGGAUUAG